GCGCUGCAGCCGGGAAACUUUCCCACGGACGAGGCCGGGGCGCAGCAAUUCGCGCAGAGCUUCAACUCCAGCGCCGAGCAGGUGCGGUUCCUGAACACGGUCGCCAGCUGGGCGCACGACACCAACAUCACCGCCGAGAAUGCGCAGCGCCAGGAGGAGACCGCCCUGAUGAGCCAGGACUUCGAUGAGGCCUGGGGCCACAAGGCCAAGGAGCUGUAUGACAACAUCUGGCAGAACUUCACUGACCCUGAGCUUCGCAGGGUCAUCAGCUCCAUCCGCAUCCUGGGUCCUGCCAAUCUGGGCGUGGCCAAGCGGCAACAGUACAACUCUCUGCUAAGCAACAUGAGCAGGAUUUACUCCACAGCCAAGGUCUGCUUCCCCAACAAGACUGCCACCUGCUGGUCACUGGACCCAGACCUCACCCAUAUCCUGGCCUCCUCACGGAGCUAUGCCAUGCUGCUGUUUGCCUGGGAGGGCUGGCAUGACGCUGUGGGCAUCCCGCUGAAACCUCUGUACCAGCAGGUCACAGCUCUCAGCAACGAAGCCUACAAGCAGGAUGGUUUCUCGGACACAGGGGUCUACUGGCGCUCCUGGUAUGAAUCAGCCACCUUUGUGGAGGAUCUGGAACGCCUCUACCAUCAGUUAGAGCCCCUCUACUUGAACCUCCAUGCCUACGUCCGCCGCGCACUGCACCGCCGAUACGGGGACAAGUUCAUCAACCUCAGGGGACCCAUCCCUGCUCACCUGCUGGGAAACAUGUGGGCCCAGAGCUGGGAAAACAUCUAUGACAUGGUGGUACCUUUCCCAGACAAGCCCAACCUGGAUGUUACCAAUGCUAUGGUGCAGAAGGGCUGGAACGCUACCCACAUGUUUCGGGUGGCAGAGGAGUUCUUCACGUCCCUAGGGCUCCUGCCCAUGCCACCCGAGUUCUGGGCAGAGUCAAUGCUGGAGAAACCAGACGAUGGGCGCGAGGUGGUGUGCCAUGCCUCUGCCUGGGACUUCUACAACAGAAGGGACUUCAGGAUCAAGCAGUGCACGAGGGUCACAAUGGACCAGCUGUCCACAGUGCACCACGAGAUGGGCCAUGUGCAGUACUACCUGCAGUACAAGGACCAGCCUGUGUCCCUGCGCCAAGGCGCCAACCCUGGCUUCCACGAGGCCAUCGGGGAUGUGCUGGCGCUCUCAGUCUCCACCCCUGCACAUCUGCACAAAAUCGGCCUGCUGGACCAAGUCACCAACGACAUGGAACCAAGUAUCAGGGGAUCUGCCCUCCAGUUGUCCGAAACGAAACCCACUUUGAUGCCGGAGCUAAAUUUCAUGUACCCAACAUGACACCAUACAUCAGGUA